AUGAGUAAGAAUGGAGCGGUAAGUCCGAGGGGGGGGGGGGUUUUGGUAUGAUGAUAGUGCUCACUGAGCAUGGAAUAAUAAAAGUUGCGAGGUUGCGAGCAAAGCUGGGAAAAAAGGAUGCUAUGGAAGGUAGGGCAAGAUAAGGCAAGUUAGGGUUAGUCAGGUAAUGCUACAGUAGGGUAGGGUACAGUAGAGUAUGUAAAGAAGGGUAGGGAAAUUAGAACAGGGUAGGGUCUAGUAAGGCAGAUUGAAGUACAUUAAAGUAGGGUAAGGUAGAAUAAGAGAAUAAGGUAGCGUAGGGAAGAGUAGGGUAGAAGAAGCUAGAAUCAGGAACAUCGCUACAGUUUUUUUGGGGAGGCGGGGGGAGAGAUAAAGCCAAAAAAAAAUUUUUUGGUCUACAGGCCCAACCUGUGCCAUUAUUAAAUUUUUUUCCAUUUUUUCACGUACAGUAGACAAGAAACGGGCCCGGCCCAUUUCUCAUGUCUAACGUACAAGUGCUCUACCAGUAGAUUUUUUUUGGAUCGGCUUCGGCGGUUGGAUUCACCUCCCCCCUUUCUAGCGAUGUCCCUGACUAGGCUAAAGUAAAAUAAACCCACAGUAAUCAGUUGAACCUAAAUUAAAAACCAAACCCCCCCCAGACCAAAGACUAAAUCUCAAAGUUUUAUGCUCGAAACGCAAUAACUGUCACCAUCCAAAUAUGUUGCCUGGAGUAUGUGACAAGCCCCAAAUGGUUUGCAAUAAAAAGGCGUCGGUAAUCUCCAGCCCUGGUUAUGGUGUCUGCAUUUUUGAUGACUAUUUUGCAAUUCUUUUCAAAAUUCUGAGCAAAACGAAUACGGAACAACUCGGCCGCUAACUCUUUUACAUAGUUAUGCAGAUUAAACGCUAGUUUUAAUAAGGUUUAGGCUAAGAGGGCGGUAUAGAACUUUUUUUGGGAUAAGAGGGCGGUAAAGGGGGGGGGGUGAGGAAAUUGUUAAAAGUGUUACAUUUAACAUAGUGCUCAAUAGUAUGUAGUGCAGGGUGCCAAAUGUAAAUAGUAUCAUAAUUAAAAUUUUUGUGUUUUAUGUACUAAAAGGUACUUGAUAGCACAAAAAUUUGCAAUUUUUUGUUUUUUGAAAUUUACUGAUACUAUAUAGUAAAUCAAAAUGUUUCUACUUGUAAUCCUCUAUCAUACUAAAUAGCACCUAAAACAAAUUUUUUUAACUUAAACUAGUAUCAUUCGAAAAUCUAAGGUUCCUCAAUUUAUAUCGUGCCCGCUAUCAUACGAACAAAAUUAUGUUAUUGUAUUAAUGUAAACUAUAAUAACUCACCUCAUCCCAUGCCAUUUCAGAUGCUUUAUGCGUCAUGGAGAAGAGACCGGCCUGCCCUCUUCUCUUUGUUGCUGGCCUUGUUGUUGCAGUUGAUCAAGGCAAAGGAACUCAGCGAACUUCACAUCGGUUCUAUGUUCCCCAUGGAAGCAGGCGCAGGCGGUUGGCCCGGCGGCCAAGCCUGCUUACCGGCGGUUGAAAUGGCUUUACAUGAUAUUAACAACAGUCCUGAAGUACUGCCCGGCUUUCAUCUCAAAAGUCAUAAUCACAACACUAAGGUGAGUUGAUUAAAAAGUUUUGUCGUCAAUUUAAUUGUGUUCGCACGUUAAAAAACGACAAGACUUUCUUAUCACUUCGAUAUGGAAACAAAAAAUUAAAAAUUGACAAAAGAGUGAAUAUAUAGGCCAAAACUACAUUAAUAAGCCUAAAAUUUCAGUGCCAACCAGGCCUUGCUGCCAAACAGUUAUACGAGUUACUGUACAAACCUCCAGUGAAGUUAAUGUUGAUCUCCGGUUGUUCGCCGGUCACGACGGUCGUCGCUGAAGCCGCUCCAGUCUGGAAUUUAAUUGUUUUAUCAUACGGAGCGUCAAGUCCAGCGUUAUCGAACCGUGAUCGGUUUCCCACCUUAUUCAGAACACAUCCUUCAGCUAAUAUGCAAAAUCCAACGAGGUAAGGGCUUGCAGGUAUAGUUUUUGAGAAAAAUAACGGACGUUCAAACGCUUUUUUGAUAAAAUUAAAAUUGUAGGUUUGAAAAACUAUUUCUUCAAAAAUUUAUAUCUGUUUUCAAUAUAAGACUUUCCCGCUCAAGAGAAACCUUGGCAUUCCGCAGCAAGGAAAAAGAAAAUUUCUCGCAACCGGCUGCUUGAAUUUAACUCCUUUUUACUGACUUUUAACGGAUAAUAAUUAUUGAAAGACUUGCUGAAAAAUAAUAUUUAAGGUUUAAAUUUUAUUUAUCAAACGAUUUUAUGUUUAAUUGAGACUUAUUCGUCAUGUAAUAUUGCUUAUAAAAAGAGGAUGAUGAACAUCUAAAUAAGGCGAAACUCUCCAAAAAAGUAUUGAAGGCUUUUUGAUUUUAAUUGAGCUAGAUUCAGCUUGAAAUAAGCAUUAAUUUGAUAGGUCUUUGAGUAAAAUUUGUUUGGCAAUUUUUGAGGUAAAGUUAAAAGCUUUCUGAUGUUGUUUUAGGUGAUCAAAUGCUCUUUUCAAAGCUUAAAAUCGAAGUAAUAACUGAAAUUGUUAUCUUUAUGUCAUAAUUAAAGAUGGGUUUACGCUUUUUACUUUGUAUUUUAAAUAUAUGCAGUUUCUGCCGAUUAAAUGCCUCUAGCGAGCUUAAAAAUCUACUAUAAUAUUAUCUUGAUUGAUUCCAGAAUCCGCCUGUUCGAGAAAUUUGGCUGGACCAAAAUCACAAUCCUACAGUCAGUCGAAGAAGUGUUCACAUCCACGGCCAAAGACCUGGAAGAACAAUGUCGUCAACAUAAUAUUCGUGUAGAACGUCAAAGCUUCUACGGUGAUCCCCGGGAUGCCAUCAAGACGUUGGUACGACAAGAUGCACGUAUCAUUGUGGGCUUGUUCUAUGUCACUGAAGCUAGACGAGUGCUGUGUCAGGCUUAUAAACACGGGUUAUAUGGGAAGAAGUAUGUUUGGUUCUUUAUUGGAUGGUACGCUGAUGAAUGGUACAUACCUCCGAAGGAUGAACAUAUUAAUUGUACUGCUGAGCAGGUAGGGGAAGUUAUUUGGGUGUUUGGGAUAAUAUAUUAUAAUAGCUCAUGUUUUACGACUUGAACAGUUUAAUUUCAGUAAAUCAAAGCUGAAUUUCUUGUGUUUUAGGUAACAAAAAGCAUAUUUUCGAACUAUAAUAUUUGAACAUUUUUUAAGUUUAAAGUCAAUCUAUUGUAGUAAAAUACGUUCCCUAUUGUUAAUAAUGUAUAACAAUGUAUUUUAAGAUGAAAGAAGCAGCACAAUACCAUUUUACGACAGAAAGUAUAAUGUUGAGUAGAGAUAAUCAACCAGCCAUCUCUGGCAUGACUGGGAAGCAAUUUCAAGAACGAUUGAAUAAAAAGAUCGAAACUCAACCAUCGAAUACUGGAGGAUACCCAGAAGCUCCAUUGGCUUAUGAUGCUGUUUGGUAAGGCAAAAUUUUGAUUUAUGACAAGAAAAAUGAAUAAAAACGAUAUUUUUUAAUGUGUAGUCAAAAGGCAAAGAGAAAGGUUUGAAGUAACGAUAAAGCGAAUACAAAUGGUUUUCUACGUAUUUUUAGACCUGAAAAAAGUUUUUUUUUUUGAAAUUUCAUACCUAAAAUUUAAUUUUGGAAACAAAAAUUUUUUUUAAAUCAAAAAUUUUCGUUCCAGGGCCCUAGCACUAGCCCUGAACUGUACCCAAAACAGUCUGCCAAUUGGAGUAAAGCUGGAAGACUUUACCUACAACAACAAAGUGAUAGCCGACCGGUUGUUUGAUUGUGUAAAGGAUACCAAAUUCAAAGGAGUCUCAGGCGAAGUAAUGUUCUCGGAUUCUGGAGAUCGUAUUGCUAGAAGUCAGAUCGAGCAAAUGCAAGGUAACUUUGACAUUUCUAUCUUUUGGCAAAGUUUUGUGAGAUAUUAGGUUGUUCAAAUAGUUCUGGGUGCCCUAGUCCCGAAAAAUUUUUGAUCUUAAGAGGCACAGAAUUAUUUGAACAACCUAACAACAGUGUUUUUUAAUGUGGGGCGUGCGUGGUUUUUAUUAGUUUAAAUAUUCUGUUGUUCUAGGCCGGGUAGAUUUAAUUUUAAAAUAUUUUUGAUCAAAGGGAGAGGAGUGAUAACUUUUUAUAAAAAAAUUGAGAUCGGGAGAAAGGGCUGGACGGAUCUUCAAAAAUGUAUUACCUAAAUAUUUUUUUUAAAAUUUAGAUGGAAAGUACGUAAUGCUGGGCUACUACGAUGCGACGACACAAAAAUGGGAUUGGUUUAAUAAGGAAAAGUUUGCUGGCGAUGGAAAACCACCUCCAGAUUCCUUGGUCAUCAAAGAAAGCUUUAUGACAGUUCGGCUGGAGGUAAUUUUUCUGGUUUUAUUGCUUAUUUUAUCUCAAAAUCUUAAUAUUUUCAUGAUUUUUAGUAAAACAACAACUUUGAAUGUGAAAAUUUAAUGUUUUUGAUGUUUAUAUGUGCCUUUUAUUGGACCUAAAUUAUUACUUUUACUCAAUUUUUAAAUUUUUUAAUUCUAAAACUUCCAGUUCUUUAUAAUUGUGGCUCUAACCGCCGUGAUCGGCGUCUUGAUCUCCAUCGCCACCCUCAUCUUCAACAUCAAGUUUGGCUAUCGUGGUGUGAUCAUCCAAUCCCAACCCCAAUGCAACAUGAUCCUCAUCGUGGGCUGUAUGUUCUGCCUUCUGAAUCUGCUUUUAAUGGGUCUGCCCGUGGAUGACAUGACCAUUCCCAAGGGCACGUUUACUUUAUUUUGUUAUGUAAGUCGAUAUUUCGCGUCUACGGUAAGAGAGUUAUUGAGUAGGGCGAGUGAUAAAUUAUAUUAUUUAUGAUCCGGCUUUCGCCGAAAAUGGCAUCGGUUUUCGAUAGACAAAAAGGAGUUUGAUGUGUAGGGUUGGGAUAUCUGAGGAAAGUUAGUUGAAAAAGAUGAAAAGGAGUAAAAAAUGAAAAAAAGUUAACGAAGGAUUAAACAAGGUCAAAAUUUUCAGCAAAAACGCAAAAAAAAAGCCUAAAAAUAGUAAAAUAAAUGAAAACUUUCAAAACAGUGAAAACAAGAGCCAUAACUUGAGUGUAAUAAAGGUUUAAAGAAAGUCAGUAAGUACAUAUAACUAAAAGUACCCAACCUGCUCUACUCAAAGUCAGCUCAAAGUUUUUAUAUAAAUUCUUUUUACCACCAAUAGCGUCCAUAAAAAAUUUAGCUUGACGUUUUGAGUUUUAAAAUUUAAAUAUUUGAAUUUUCUGCCAAUUUGGCAAACCUGGCAUUGUGUUUCAAACACUUUUUUUCGACUUUUCAGUCAAUCUACGCUUACAAAUUUAAAAAUGUAGGUUGAUUUAAAGGUUUUCUAUUAGUAAAUUAAAGAAAAAUUAUUAAAAGUAACAAAAUGACAAAAUUAUAAGCUUGAAACACAAUGCCAAUAUAGCGGGAAAUUCAAAAAUUAAUUUUUUGAUUUUGGUUUUCUUGGCAUUUUUUGGAAAGUGGGAUGUAGUACUUUACUGAAGGUCUUAUAUUUACAUGAUCUAUCUAUAUAAAAAGUUUGAAGUAAAACAGAGUGUGGCAGGUAAGGCACCUUUUUUGUAAAAAUUUUUAAAAAAUUAUUCAAGUUUUAGAAAUGAUAAAAACAGGACCAAAACACUACAUAACUUACCAAAACGCAAUUCACAUCAAAUAAAAACCCUAACUUUUCAGUCAAAACUAACCUUCCUGAUGGUCGGCUUCACCAUGUCAUAUGGAGCCAUGUUUGCUAAGGUUUGGAUUGUCCAUCGAAUGGGCACGCGAGAGAAUCAAGAAGUGGCAGCGGUUAAGGAAGAAGUAGGUUUAGCUUUGAUCUUACAAUUACGUUUCUUGCUUUUUGCACCGUCGCUUUGAUUUGAUUGGUUUUUUUCACGAGUAGUGGUGGUGGUACCAGCUUCUGAAACGGUUCAGGUCACUGCAAUUUUUUAGGGGGGGGGGGAGGAGAGGAGGGUGGAGAGAGGGGAUAAUAAGGUUUGUAAAGUCAAGCUAAAAAUCUAAAAUAUUUUUACAUUUACAUUAGGAGAUUAAAAAAUUUGCUUUUAUUAAAAAUUUCGUAAAGUUUCGAACCCGUGACUCCGUGGCGCAACGGUAGCGCGUCUGACUCCAGAUCAGAAGGUUGCGUGUUCGAAUCACGUCGGGGUCAAAAGGGAUCUUUUUUGCAAUUUUUAGGGCAUUAAAAGACAUUGGGCGAGUAAGCAAAUUUUUUUAAUUUUAACUUUGGUAUUAUCAGGUAAGGGUAAGAUAGGGUAGGACAGGGGAAGCUAGAGUAAGGUAGUGAAUGGUAAGGUAAAGUAAGAUAGAAAACAGUCGGAUAAGUUAGGGUAGGGCAAGGUAGGGUAGGUUAAGUAAGGUAUGAUAAGGUAAGUUAUGACAGGGUAGAUUAGGGUACGGUACGUUACGUUAUACGAGGCUACGGUAGGAUGGUUGAAAGAGAGUAUUGCAUGGUAAAGUAGUAUAUAGUAGGGUAGGGUAAAAUACGGCUUAUUAUUAGGUUUUUCAAGUAAUUUUGUGUCCCUAGCCCUGAAAAUUUGCUUUGAGAAGGGCACAGAAAUAUUUGAACAACUUAACAUAAUAAGCAUAAUAUUUUCAAAAAAUUAAAAUAUGGGUCCUAAUCAGCACGGCAAAAGAGUGAUUACCGUUUGUUUAGGAGGACCACAGUCCGUGGGAGAGUAUUCGGAUGCUGAUGUCGGCGUUGGUGGGCCGCCAGGUGCUUGUGGCCGCGGCCCUUCGCAAACUCUCCAACCAGGCCUACAUCUCGUUGAUCGCGCGGCGGCCAUGUUUGCUGAAUCAAGUAAUUACCUCGUGAUUACGGCUUUCCUUGCUUUGUUGUUUUUGAAUUUCUAUGUGGUUUGGCAGUUUUCCAUUUUGUUUUAAUUGGUUUGGCAUUUGAAAUUUCAUUUUUUUAAUUUUGAUUUUCGAAAAAUUUUUAAAAUUUUAAUUUAAAAAAGUUUGCCGUUUGAAAUAGUUGAGCUUUUGUUAGUUGCUACAGGCUACUGUAUUUUGUAUUUUGCCUUCCCCUCUUUCAGCCAAUACCUCCAAACCGCUUCUACGUGGUAGUCGGUUGUUUACUGGCAGUAGAUCUGUCUUUAACCUUCCUGUGGAUGAUUUUGGAUCCAAUGGAACGAAAAGUGAAGAAAUUUUCUUUACAAGAACCCCAAAGUGGACCGACUGAGGAUAUUCGACUACUACCCGUACUCGAAUAUUGUGAAAGUGAACAUCAGAAUGUUUGGACUAGUAAGUUUAUAUCUUACAGUUUGAUAUUGUAUAGAUUUUUCACUCUAUGAUAGAAUUUCUUAUGAUAAGGAUCCACUAUGUUGUAUUUAUUGCUAUACUAUACUAUAUAUAUAUAAACUUUAAGUAGCUAUACAUAUUAAACAGUCCAUAAUUCUGACAAUAUUGGACACCUUCUAUCGUAUAAAAUGUCAGUUGCGGUCUGCAAAACUAAAUAAUAUAUUAGGUUGUUCAAAUAAUUCCGUGCUCUCUCUCAAAGAAAUUUUUCUGCAAAGAAAAAGUAUUUGAAAUUAGGGGCACAUGAUUGUUUCAACAACCUAAUGCUAAUAAACUACUAUAAUAUAAUGUUGCAGCAAUCUUCCUCGGCUACAAAGGCCUUCUACUGAUCUUUGGACUGUUCUUUGCAUACGAAUCGAAAAACUUGAAGAUACGAUUUGUGAACGACAUUCGUUUCGUAUGUUUGGCGCUAUACAACUUGGCCUUGAUUAUAUUGGUCGCGGCACCAGUAUCAACAUUACUACUGAAGGAUCAACCCAAUUCCAACUUUUUGUUUGUUUCUGGAGUCGGUAGGUUAAGGUUGUGGUUGGUGGGGGAGGAAAAAUUAAGGGUGGGUCUAUGGCACGGUGAUGAAUAGUAGGGCUUAGCUAGAGCAUGGUAGUGUAUAUUGGGGGAGGGUAUGCUAAUUUAAGGGAGUGUGGGGUAAGAUAUUGUAUGUGACGGUAAGGUAGGGUAAGAUAAUUUGGUUUAGUAAAGAGUGGUGUAUGAUUGGUUAGAGUAGGGUAGGAAGGACAGGUUAGGUUAGGGUAAGCAAGCCUAAGAUAUUGUAAAAUAAGUUAAGACAUGUAUGUCUCUAAGACUUUUAGAGUGGUACAGAAGUUACAGUACUUUAAUAUGUAUCUAUACUAUCUAUUUUAGUGAUAUGGUGCACGUUCGUAUCGUUAGGCCUGGUGUUUGUACCUAAAUUAAUGUACAUUUACAAAACGCCGGCUUCGAAAGACAUGGCCAAGAACGGGAAUGAAUCGAAGAACUCGGUCAGUAAGUCUGAACAUCUUCGCUACGAACAACUGGUUAAGGAGAACCGGGAACUCAAACGACAAAUUGAAACUGUAAGUGUAAUAUAUUGUAGUAGGUACUAGUACUGUAAUGUGAUUUCUGGUUGCAGCUGGGGGUUAUAAUGUUUUAUUAGGUAUUUUUAGGCAUUUCAUUUAAAUAGUUCUGUGCUCUCAAUCUUGAAAAUUUGCUCUGAGAGAGGGCACGUAAUUAAUUGAACAAUUUAAAAUAUUAUAAAAAAUAUAUUCAGCGUGAAAACAAGAUCAGUGAAUGUCGAAAAGUGUUGGAAAAGAAGCUCGGCACCGCUGUCGUCUCUCCAAUCACUCCCAACAACAACGAGGUCAAGCAGUUCAAAGAGACCGACGUCCUUCGAUCACCAACUACUCCAAUAUCAUACAACAACAACAUGGUACAAACACCGUCUUCCAUCAUGAUAACCCACAAUAAUAUAUCGUCGUUCGCGUCUGAAGAGCCGGCUACACAAAGCACGGUGUUCACUACGACAGCAUUGAUCGAGACGAGAGAGAUAACCGAAGAAGAGACUGCACCGUGCAGUGAGUUUGAUAACGAUGAUGAUGACGAUGACAACCAGAGCACUUGCUCGAAUGAGAUAUUGUUGUAG